UCGAUCUGACAAGAUUUUUGGUGCUUUCAAAUUUUCAAUACUGCUUUGAAAGAGUUGACAUAACAAUGGACCAAUCAACUAGUUUAUACUGGAAUCUCUAAAUUUGGUUGCUGAUGAUGGAAUGAUGCCACUACAAAAGCAUUCGCCAGAAAGGUCAACUUUGGUACAUUUGUUACUGCCUCCUCAUCUGUAUUUUUGUGAUGAAGUGCUUAAUGCAUCAAGUCGUCAUCUUCAGCAAUCCUCCAUCAUUACGUUCAUAUUUGUCAGGUGUCUGUCCAGUAUCAUCAAAGCUAAAGGUGAGAAGACAGUUGCUUUUUUUUUUUCUAGGAUUAGGUUGUACACAGGCCACUUUUAAACUUGUGUGAAAGUUUAGAAUGUGGCACAGACCUUGGACUUUGUAAAUCCAAAACACUUUAGCUACGUACGUGUUCCGUUGUUUGUGGACAGUGUUUCACUCCACCUCUUUGUUUGAUUUGGGGGAAGAGUCCAACCUAGAAGCUUCAAAAACAGCUGAGGUGUUUCUAAGUGUUUGUUUGGGUGAACAGGACAGCAAGGAUACAACAGAGUUUUUCAGGCGGGUCAGUUUCACCAGCCAGUGAGGACAAUGUCCUCACACCUGUUGCUGUGGACAUGUUCGGCCUUGCCAGGUCUGCUGUUGGCCUCCAUAAGCAGUCUGUUGGUCGAGGGGGAGGACGCAGGCACCAGGAUUUGCAAACCUGCCCCCUACUGGGACAUAAAGGGACAGGCACCUAUGCAGGCAUUGCAGGGAAGUGUGGUGGCGGUGGCACUGCUGAAGGCGAGCUGACGGUUUUGUCUCACUCAGGCCUCCAAAAUUAGAGACCUGCGUGACAAGCUGAACCAUAGCAACCUGACAGAGGUGUCCUUCAUGAUAGUCAAUGAGCGAGAUCCUCUGUCCAGAGCAAUGUACUGGGAGCUGAAGAGAAACGCACCUCCUGAAGUUCCAGUUUAUCAGCAGAAUCCCUUUCAAAAUGAUGUGUGGGAGGCGCUGGAGGGCGACAAAGAUGACUUCCUAAUCUACGACAGGUGUGGUCUCCUUACAUUCCAUAUAGUGCUUCCAUACAGCUUCCUGCACUUCCCCUAUGUUGAGGCUGCCAUCAGAGCCACCUAUUUUAAAAACAUCUGCAACUGCCCUACUAAUUUUACUACAGUGAAUGGCAUCAUCACCAAGAACGAUUCGCUGCCAGACAAUGUCAACCACACCACGUCAUCGCCCACAAAUCAAGUGGAUACAGACGAUUCCGAAACGACAGUGACGACUCCUGAGCAGAUACAUACAAACCACCGCCAUCGUGACCAUCAUCAUCAUCAUCUUCGUUACGGCCACCAGAAUCAGUCUUAUCAUCAGGAGGACCAGAAUACAACUCAAAGUCUUGGUCAUCUUCAUCAGCAUCGUCAACACUCUCACUCUCCACAGUCCUCGAAUCACAGUCUUCAUACCGGAAAUGAUAAUUAGGAUAACAGUUUAGGUCCUAUUUGUUUUGGUUGGCAUCGUAUUGGACAUUUAUCCUUAACAGUUGUAGUAAAAUGGGUCAAAUCCGUUCAGUUCAUUUGAAGCAUUAGCAAAUUCGUGCUGUGUCUGCUCGCAUCUUCUCCCCGUGUGUGGAAAACAGUAGCUGACGUUCCUCUGUGUGCACUCCUCGUAAUGAAGUCUACAGUCUGGAACCUGGCUACAGGAAGCUGCAGAUGGAUGUGUCAGGGGAGAUGCAUUGGACUGACAGGUGCUGUUUCUCAGACAGAGGCAGAUGAUGUGGUGCAUUGAUGCUGAGCACACCUCAGUCUGUUUAUUUUUUAAACCUUCUGUUUCUCCUGUGCCUCAUUAAUUAGUAAUGAACUAAAGUAAUGCUUACAUUUAGUUUUACAACACACACCUACGCAUUGACAAUGUUUUUGGUGCGCUACUCCUUGGAAACGGCAUGAAUGGGUAUCAUUUUUGAAUUUUCGUGAGGUUUAUGUAUCUCACGCCCACAAGUUAGUAGUCGCGCACACUCGUUAUCACUCGCAAAGACUUCUAUGCCAUUUUCUGGGUUCUGUACAUUCUAGUUAACUUGUAUUCUGGAUGAAAGGCUAUGUCUGUUUCAGGUCACUGUUUUUGUCAUUUAUACGUUUAAGUUGAUUAUUAAUCUUUAGUUGUUGCUUUUUUUUUUUUCUUCUUUCAAGGAUCAGAAUGUAGAUUAAGGCUUUAGAUUGCUGCCAUGGAAUUAAAAGCAAAUGUUCACAA